AUGCUCAUCACGAAGCGACCGACUCCGAGUACAGUCCUCUACACAGUUUCCACGCGCUCUCAAAACAAGACCCUAGCAUCCCGUCUCGCAACCUCCAUCUCUCUCCUAAUCCGAAUCAUCGCAGGCCUACUUGUCCUAACCUGCCUCCUCCUCGAAUACCAUCAGACUUUUACCAACAACAAGAACAACGACCACAACAACGACAACGACACUGCAAACCACACCCCAGUGGUAGAUAACAACCACAACAACACCCUCCAAAACGCAUCACAAGCGAUAUCCAACAGCGCCCUCGGUCAUUUCCUAUCAACCACCAUCCCCCGACCAUGGCGUCUGGUUUCCAUUCUCGUAACCUUCUGGUUCAUCUUCCGCAAAACGCAUACUCGAGAAUCGCUCUUGGUGAUUCGAGGCUUGGGAGUGCAGACGACGACGAGUAGUCCCAAUUACCUCUGGACGAGCUCGACGAGAUUCAUACCGACCAAGGCGAUUCAGGAUAUUUUUAUUCAUGAGUCGUUUGAGGGGUUCAAGGUGACGUAUUAUUUGAGUAUUGUCAUUGAAGGGGAGGAGGAUGUGGUGGUGGUGUUUCCGAGUAUCUUACCACGACGAGAAAUAUUGGAGCAAGUCUGGAGAGGUGCACGAGCUUGCCUAUACGAGCCUAAAUCUGGAUGAGGAGAGAGCUUUCGUUCUACUGGCUAUGGAUUGCACGAGCACUGUACAUGGAACUACCUAUUCGUCUGCAUCCUCAUCACGUAGAGGCUUUGCGACUAGGCCCUUGCGUGCUGCGUAACGCGCAUUUACAACAUCAGGCGUCUCCAUCUGCUCACGCUGCGCAAUUGGCGUAUACGUGCCCACUGUACGCGGCACGGCACUGCCAUCAAAGACACGGGCACUUCUUUCAGCAGAUGGAGGCGGUAUCUGAUCCGACAGAGGCUGCUGGCCCUGUGCCGACACCACUCCCAUCAGAUUCCAUGCCAGCACUUCGUCCAUCUUGCGCUUGCGCCAGAGGCCCCAAAGAUCGUCCAUGAUACCGUUACGCCCAUGCUUGCCGUCUUCAACACCCGUGGACGAUCUUUUGUUCUGCUCUCGACCUCCAUCUUCAUCGCCAAUGUAUAUCCACCUCAUGGCAUCAUGGUAGCCGCCUGCCAUGCUUUGAUCAUUGCCUGCGUGAUCGGAGGUCGAUAGCUCCUCGACACUCGGGAAGAUACAGUCCCAGAGCACGAGCGGAACAUCGCUGGCCAUCUCAUAAUGAGGCUUUCCUGGCGUCUUUUGGACAUUGAGCAGGUCAUCAACAACACUUGGUUGCUCGUGACCUUGGCCAACCAGGAAGAGAAUGGCAACGAGAUGACGAACCUGGUGCCAUAGGAAUGCACUGCCACGGACUUCGAAAUAGUAAAGCUUUGGCGUAUCGCCAUUACUUACCGCAGCAGAUGAAUGCGGGCCUACUUCAUGUAUUCCAGCAUGAAAUAUCCUCCGCUCCCAAUUCGUGAUCUGCUUGCUUGGAUCUACUUUGCAGAGAUUACGGAAGUCAUGCAGACCUUCGUACUUUUUGGCUGCAACAUUCAUCGCUUCAAUGUCGAGGAAUCCUUCCCCGGGCUUGCCAUUCUCCCACGGCUUGCCGCCAGGCAGAGGAGCAUAGGCAGGAUUGGUGAAGAAAUACCGAUACCUUCGCUCUUUGCAGUUGAAACGUGCAGAAAAGCCAUCACCAGGCUCGGGACACCAUGCUAGGAUGCGAAUAUCGGGUGGAAGGACGCGAUUGAUGAGUUGAAUGUAGGGUAGCUCGUCUCUGAUGGGGUCAAACUCCUUCUCUGCUGGCGGCGCUGCAGCGGCAUUGGCGUCCUGGCUCACAUCUGGCAUGAUAGUAUCAGCGCCUUGACUCUCUGCGCCAGCGCUCACUUCGUUUGGCAGCACUUGUUUCUUUUCCUUUAUUCUCGCACUGCGCACUCGCACGCCGAUGACUUGGCCGAACGCGCUGACUCCGCGAUCUGUUCUCCCACAUUUGCUGUAUUCAAUGCCAUCCCAGCAGACAUCUUCUUCGCUUUGACCAGGUUUCUGCUCGGGAAAGAUCAGCUUGACCUUGCGCAUCGCCCUCCACAGCUCUUCUUCGAUAGUCGGCAAAGGUGUCGUGUUGUUCGCGUGGUGUUCGAAGCCGUUGUAGUUGGCGCCCAAGUACGCGAACUUCAGCGCGAUCAGUCGUGUGUGGUAUCGGCUCGCAUCAAAUUUUUUGGGCUCCUUCCUGGGCUUCCUCUUCAGAGGUGCCGAGGAGCCAUUGACGGCAUGGUUCGCGUUCUGUGUCCGCAGUUGUGCUUCGAGCUCGCUGACCCGCUGCACCAGGUCGGCAUUCGACCACGAGGCAUAGUCUGUGUCCAUGGCCGGGUACUUGCUACGGUAGCACACGGUUGAGACGUGAAAGGCCUUCUUCGAGGGAGUAAUUCGAACUUCAGCUUUGUAACAGCGCGACAGG